AUGAAACCGGCAUCCCCGUGUCCCCUCCACCUCCUCGCUGUGAUGAUUGCCAGCUUUGCCACACCAAAGCGCUGCUGCCUUUACCAGCCACCAGGCAAAAUCUUAGUCCUAGUGAAGGUCAUAGCCAAAUUUCCCUCAUCUGUGAUGGGGAAGCCUUUUGCCAACAGCUCCUUCACACCAGCUGAAGUGCUCAAGAUGGCCCAGCUGAGCAUCGAGUACCUGCUGCACUGCCAGGAGAGCCUGAGCACCGCGCUGGGCCUGCAGGCUGGUCACCUCCAGGCUGGCCUCGAUGAGCUGGCCCGUGCGAAGCAGGAGGCAGCGAGGCAGGCGCAAGAGCUCAGGGGGGUGAAGGAGGAGAGCAGGAGGCGCAAGAAGCUGAUUGCCACCCAGCAGCUCCUCUUGCAAGCUGGGGCUAAUAGCUACCACAAGUGCCAGCUCUGCGAUAAAGCUUUUGUGAACUACUCUUUCCUCCAAGCCCACAUUCAGCGCAGACACACUGAAGCCAGUGAGGCUGAGAGGCAGCAGAAGAAGCAGGUGGAGCAAAUGGAGGAUGAGAUUCGGGAGCUGAAAGUGAGACUGAGGGAGACGCAGCAGGAGCUGGAAGCGGAGAGAGAGGCAGAGAAGCUGCGCCGGGAGCACGAAACAGAGAGAGCUCACCAGAGAGAGGAGGAGGGCAGGAGAGAUUUUGAAAGGUGGAAAGAGGAGGAGAGGACAAAGCUCCACCAAGAGCUGGACAGUUUGAGGCAGCUGUUCCUCGCCGAAAUCAAGGAUAUCGCCAGCAGGAGCAGUGCUGUGGAAGGGAAAUUACAGGAGCUGCAGGCCAGAAACAUGACAGUGUCCAACCUAGGGACCCUGCGGGAUGAUGACUGCGAGGAGAAGCAGCAGUGGGCGCUGACCCGGGCAGAGCUACAGGAUGUGCGGGAGAGGAUGGACGUGCAGAGGGAAGAGUGGAAGCAGAAGCUGAAGGACCUGCGGAAGGAGCACAUGGUGCAGGAGGCCCAGUUGAAGAAGGAAAACAAGAAGCUCCGUGCUGCCCUGUCCCAGGACCAGCGGGCAGUUAUGGACCACUUCCAUCAGGAAAUGGACACGCUCAGCACCCAGCUUAGAGACCAGGCUGAGGUCAUUAAAUCACAGGAGAAAAAGAUCAAGCUGCUGUCUGCAAGCAAACCUGAAGUGGCCCGGGAAGCACCCAAAGUGGCGGCUGUGGAAGAGUCAUCAGAAGAAGACAUGGAGGACGCCCUGCCUGAGAAGCAGAGGCUCCUGGAAGCUCUGCAGAGAAACCCCAACCUCCUGAAGCGGUUUCGCCCUGUCCUGGAGGAGACGCUGGAGGAAAAGCUGGAGAGCAUGGGCGUGAAGAGGGUUGCCAAGGGUAUCUCGACUCAGACCUACAAAAACCUCCAAACUCUGGUCAGAAUUCAGCAGCAACAGAAGGCUGAGAGAUUUCCAGAGCUUCUCCUCCUGAGGGACAAGUUAAUCCGAGCGGUCAUGUGGAAGGUUAGGCAACGCGAGAAGCCCAGCGGUGCCUUCCCUCGACAGCUGUCCGUCAUCCCAGUUCAAAGCCAAAAGAGCCCCCGGCCACUUCAUCGGUCUCUGCCAUCGUCGCAGCCCAUGGUGAAGCUAGCUGCAUUACAGCCUGGACUCUCAGCAGCCCCCCAGCCAGCUCCUCGGAGCAGAGCCUGUGCCACCCACAGCCCUCUGGGGACAUCCCUGGGAACCACCCAGACCCCCAAAGCCAGCAGCACCCCCAGCCCUCUCCCAGGACCUGUCCCACAGCUGAGCCCACGUCCCCGCUCAGAAGUGAUGUUGGGGUGGGAGCAGGCUGGUCUGUCCCCCAUGAAGCUGAGACCUCCCACAAGCACACAGCAAGAGCGGACACUCUCCAAAAUGAUGCCAGAGGAUGACACUGAAUCGGAUGGAUCUGCCUUGGAUUCGCCAGAGGAAACGGUUGGCCCAGGGACAACGGUGUCUGCGAUGGUGAAGGUCUUGGAGAGACGCCUGGACACGACAGCACAGAAACCAGCUGGGGGUGUGAAACUCUUCCCCGAGAGGAGCUCUGGGUCACUGGAAGCCAGCCAGCCCGCCAAGAAACUCCAGGCUGUGGGUGACAGCAGUGACCUGGACACCUCCUCCCUGGAGGACCUUGUGGUGCCCCGGGCACGGGAGCCGCCGGAGAGCUGGCGGCGGCCGAUGGCGAGGCUCAACGGAGACUCGGGAGGCUCACCUGGCACCAGCGCCUGGAGCUCAGGCAGUGCAGGAACCAGGGGCUGGUGACCUGCCCGGCAGGGCUGCCCCAUUUGAUGGCCCUGCUUGAGCAGGGGGGUUGGACUAGAUGAUCUCCAGAGGUCCCUUCCACCCUUGGCCAUUCUGGGAUUCUGUGAUUUCCCUGGGCCCCGGGGGAGCCAUGCUGCAAGGUGACACGACAGGAGAAACGACGGCCCUCUCCAGGAACAAGCAGCCACCAGCAGCCACUUGAUGGUGCCACAAGACCAGAAACAGGCAGCCACCGCUCUGCAGCCUCCGAGGGCUGCUGUCUGGGCUGCAGCAGUUUCUCUUUCCUGGUCAAGCAAAUUACCCCAAUGCUGGAGCUUGCUCAAGCACCACAUAAGGUUGGCAUCCUCCCCGGCCAGGUGCUGUUAUGCAAGCCAAGGGGAGUAAAUGCUUUGUGACCAGAAGGGCAGUGAUUUCUGCCUUCCCUUCGUGCGUGUGUCUGCGUGAGUUGUAACGCAGCACAGAGCCCAUCCUAGGGUGCCACGAGCGUAGAGAGCAGCUCUCACUGGCCGUUGAACUAUCCCUGUUCUCCAUGCUGGUCACAGCUUGACGCUUGUGUGCAUCUAUUUUAUUUUUUUAAGCCGUCUAUCAAACAGAUGAACUCCAAAUACUGAUUAUUUGCCCAUUUGAUUAUAUGUUAUCACAUCAGUCAGGCUCUGCUUAUAAUGCUUAUCCAUACAAAUGAACUGCAUUUUCCUAAAUCUCUCUCUGUUUUGUACAUUUGUAGCUGUGCGGGAGACAACCUUGAUCCUUCCAGAAGGCAAAAUUGUGUAGGUUCGAAAAAUACAACAGGAAAAAUUGCACUGACGCUACGUGACUACUCAUCUGUUUUUCCAGCCCGCUCUACUGCUGGUUAAAAUUUCUGCCUUUUCAUGUUUGUGGAGAAUUUAAUGUCAUGGAGCAGAAAGACCAGCCAGAGCUGAGCAGAACAGCAACGUGAACUCAUUUCGUUUCAUCAAACAGCAAAAGUGCCUUCCAGCUAGGUGACUGCAAACAUGCAGAAAAACAUAUAUAGUAGAUGCACAUAUACCCCUGUAGGUAUGCAUUCACAUGUGCGCUCCGUAUAUCUAUAUUAUGGCUCUGUGUGCUGCAUGCCUAGAAACUUUGAGAAGGAAUCUUUCCAUUUUAAUCUUUCCAUUUGAAAGAAGACCUAUGCCCGAUUUGUGUUAUUCAUUAAGUUUACAAUACUGUAGCCACAUGUGUUACUUUAUGGAUAAUUUAACAGACAUUGUUCUUGUUGGUUAGUGUUGAUCAUAAUGAAUAUUUGCUUUCAACAAAUUAAAACAAAUGAGCUGGGUAGGAGUGAGUGUUCUCCUCUUCAGUGUGUAGGGGUGACAGGGAACCCAGCUGCUGCAGUCAAGCUUCAUGUGCUCAACGGAGAGUCCAGACAUGAGGGAAAAGUGCCAGAAAGGUGAAGAAAAACUUCUCCUGAGUUUUGGGAACUCCAAAAAUACCUGUCAGCCUUGUGCUAAGAGAAAGGUGAAUAAAUGCCCUGCAAGGUUCAGGGCCUGGGCAAACUCUGUUGUUGCCCCAGUUGCUGAUUUCUGCCUCCGGACUCAUCGCUGGUGUCGUGGGAGGCAGCAUGAGGG